AUGGUGAAAAUCAUGCAAUUUUAUAGCAUAUGUACCUUCCUUCUGAUGUGGCAUUGUGCCCUAGGUGGAACUAGUAACGAGAGAACUGCUUUCAACUCGCGACGCGGCGUAUCAGGUGAUCAUAGCAGCAGUUCUGCAGAUUACUUUGAAGCCAAUAGAAUCUUCGAAAGAGUUGUAUACGUUGACAUCGACGCUGGAGAGGCGGAUCUCGCUGGAUUGUCUCUUGUCUCGACUUCGACUCUUGAGCAUCAAUUCGUGCAAUCUUUCAACAAGCUCUCAGAAGAACUUUGCGAUAUUGAGGGUCUUCGCAUCCUAGCUGCCAAUAUCCAGUACACCGACGCGAGCAAAACGGAAUACAUCCUUCGACGAGGAGGAAACAAGUACACGAUUGAAUUUCAAGUCUUUGCAACCUGCGACAACUGUAACCCAUUUUCCGUCACCGUAUUUGAUCAUCGUGUUCUCACCACCCGACGAACCAGAGAGAUCGAGGGAGAUGUGGAAACAGUCUUUGAUAGGCAAUUGAGCUCAAAGAAGAGCAGCAAGAAAAGUGCCAGCAACAGCAGCAGUAGCAGCAGCAGCAGUAGCAGCAAGAAGAGUGGUAAAGGAAAGGGCAAAGGCAAGGGCAAGGGCGGCAAAGGCAGCAAAAAGAGCGGAAAAGGAAAGGGUGGCAUGGUUAUCGGCGACAAGGCGCAACAAAACGGUCAAGUCAUUUGCACGGCUAAAAAUCCUCAAUUCCGUGCACCAACAGAAGAGGAAUUCCGCGAAGUUUACAGUGUUGCGGUUAGAGGUUUGAUGACUGGAUCAACCACAAGACGUCAGUUGGGUCGAAAUUUCGUUGUCGGUGGAUUGCUUCCAAUCCAAGCAAUCACAAAAGUCUACGAAGUUUUGGACGGACGUUGCGUUGCUGCAUUCGAAGAAUUCAAUUCGAUUGUAACCAUCGAGGUGUCCGGUAACUUUGAAGCUGCCACUACUGCUGAAUACCUAGAGCUUGCUGAAGCCUUCUUCCAAAACUACAAUGCUCUUCAAGCCCAUGGAUGUGACAAGCCUUUGUUUAGAGAAGUUAGUGCUGUUGAAAUUACAAUGGCAACUCCUGAUACCGAUGGAAACGGUUUCUUCAACCUGGUCUUGAACGUCUUUGCAUCUUGCCAAGGUGUUGGUUGCACUGAUGACAUCUCGCUUUUCAGCGACUUCAAUGUAUUCCGCAGGCUUCUAACAAACACAACCCUCGAAGUUGAUGACCCUUGCGAAUGUCCAGUAUCACCGAAUAGAAAGAAUGCCGCACCAUCGGCCCUUGAGAUGGGAAUUCUUUUUGAUGAGACACUUCAAGAACUACGUGCAAGUGGAUUGGUUACCAACUUCCAGACUGCAAGAAUCAUUACAGAGGUUGGUGUUCAAGCGAUUUCUCCAGCGCCUUCGGGCAUGCCAACUGUUUCCAAUGCACCAUCAAUUUCCAAUGCGCCAUCAACCAGUGUAAAACCAACUGGAGGACCUCCUACGUUUAGUCAAUCGCCUUCUGCUCUUGGUUCGGCUAGACCAAGUGUCAGUUUUGCACCAUCCAACAGUAUGGCACCAUCGCUCAGUCCAACUAUCAGUAACAAGCCGAGUGUCAGUUUGGUACCAAGUUCUAAUCCUAGUCUGAGUGGAGCGCCUUCCGGAAAACCAUCUGAUAGUGCACCACCAUCACAGGCUGCAACUACUUCGGUAAGCCCUUCGGGUGCACCAAGUACCAGCAAAUCUCCGAGUGAAGCACCCAGUGGAUCUGGUGCACCAAGUGUGUCCGAGAAACCAUCUUCGAACCCAACAAACUCGCUUGUACCAAGUUUUCAACCAAGUAACAAGCCCAGUGUUGCAGCGAGUGGUGUACCAAGUACCAAACCAAGUCUUGCUCCAAGUAUUACGCCAAGUUCCAAUCCAAGUGCAAGUAAGCAACCAAGUUCUCAACCAAGUUUCAAGCCUUCAAAAUCAGAAAAUCCUUCUCUCAGUGUGCAACCAAGUUUGAACCCUUCUGGAAGUGACAAUCCUUCUGCCAGCAUUCAACCAAGCAUGAACCCCAGUACUAAACCAAGUUUGAAUCCAAGUCAAAACCCCAGUACCCAGCCAAGUAACAACCCUUCUCUCAGCUUGAAUCCAAGCCAGAAACCCAGUACCCAGCCAAGUUUGAACCCCAGUUCCAUACCAUCUCAAAAUCCUUCGGCCAAAGUACCUGCUGAUCUUGAUGAGAUCGACAACAGUACACCUGACUUUGACAAACCACCAGACAAUGACAUCGUGUUCGACCCUCUAGCUGAGGAGGGAGCUGAGACUGCUGUACUCGCAGCUACCGACUCUCCAACAAUGGCACCAGUUGAGCCAGUUGAGCCUGUUGUUGCCGACGAUGAUGACGCCGGUGAUGAUGACGCUGAUGAUGAUGAUGCUGACGAUGAUGAUGCUGAUGACGACGAUUCAGAACGAAGACAACAAUAG